CUCUGCAUCUCGGAGGGCUGCCAUUUGCUGCUGUUACUUUGACUCGCAUCCAAGAUAUUCGAUAAAUCUUCUCGAGUCUCGGCGGCUUCUCUGACUACGCUCGUACACGUCGUCUUUCUUGUGUUUGACAUAUCCACACGAACAUGUUUCCGAUCGAUGUUGCAACGCAUUGCGGCUCGCAGUCCGUAUGCGAUGCAUGUGUCUAGGAUCGAAUAAGGAUAUGAGUCUAUAUCCGACUGGGGCAAUCAGACUGCAUUUCUCUACCGAGACGGAUGGGGCAAUCGAGUAGCUCUGGGCGUUGAUGUUUUUUUUACCUACAUGCGCCACCAAAUCACGUCUCUUGGUCUUCCUCGAGGCUGGAGCGCAACGGUGAUGUUGGUAUAGGUAACGACAGAGUUUCAUCGGUGCUCCUUGCAAUACGGCGAGGGCGGCGUCUGGCUGAUAUCGCAAGCUGGGGUUGAGCGGAUGUGAGGUGUACGUUAGAGCGAGAUUAGCGAUUCAUUGGAGGAAGGGAUCUCGAGGUAUUUUGACGGAACGUUGUUCGGAGAGAUAGACGAUCUGCCAUCAUUCCACGCGAGCGGCCCUCCCACCGUCUGCCCAGCCUGGCCAUCCCCUCACCGUCUGCUCCACCACGGAGGCCUUCAUAACCAACCGCUCCUCGUUCGACCCAAUCCGUCCGCGUCAUGCCCACCCUCCUUUCCCGCCCGUCCAUCCUGCUCUCCCAGCCCGACUCUCCUUACAACACCACUCUCCCUCCUUAUUUCCACUUUCACUCUUCUCCUCUCCCCUCUCCACAACCUUCCUUCUUCGCUGUCGCCGAAGACUUUUAUACCCCCGGUCGACCCCUCCCCGAGGAGCCUAACAUGCAUGAGCUCCUUUCGGCCGCGUUCCUUGCGUCUCGUUCCCGAGUAGUCCGCUUCUUCGAUCUCCCGCCUAAUCCAGCCGCUUUCUUGUCCAACCUCUUCCUCCCCGUGCCUGGGCCACACAAAUCUUUCACUCCUCCGAUCAGUAUGUGGGUCCACAACCCCGACCACUCGGCGCGCCCCGUUGCCACUCCAACAAUGGGCGACGACGUCUACGCCAUCUUCAGCACCCACGAAGAGGCCUGUGCCGUCCUGUCUCUAUCGGGUUCCACCGUCUCCGUGACACCUGCCCUCGAGGAAGACUUGCGACCGAUAGACUCCUUUGUUCAAAUCGACCUCGCGUUGUCGGACGCGAACAUGCACGCAACUCAACAGCAUCGCUCGUCUUCCACGGCCUUCCAUACCCACCUUCCAAAAAUAUUGCGCCCGUCGUCUUCCGCGUCGGACUUGUACGCAACACAUAUCCAGCACCAGCAGUCUCACUUGUCUUCGCCUUCGGAACGCGGCUCUCUGCAGCAGCAGCUUAACAUGGACGCUGGUUAUACCAUGUCUUCAAACCCGCCAAACCCUCGGAGAAUGUUCAGAUCCGGUGACUGGAUUUGUUCUUCCGUUCAUUGCGUGGCGCAUAACUUUGGACGCAACCUCGCCUGCAUCGGAUGUGGCCACCCGCGCCCCAACAACGCCGUCCCUCCUCUCAGCCUGAACCUCCCCCUCUCUCCCCUCGGCCACACAAACCGUCUGCCCUCACCACGCUUCAUCACUACCCCCUCCUUCGAAAUGCCGUACGGCGAACCCGCGAUCAAUCUACACGGUCUCCAACAACCCACGGGCCCCCAAUCGCAAUCACAAUCGCCCUACCAGUCGCUCAACAUCAAUCACAUCCCUAACCACCCCCACCCCCACCACCACCACCACCCCUAUCCGUCGCCCUCGUCCGCCUCCUCCACCACCACCACCUUCAACUUCAAUCACCCCCAAACUGCGCCGCCCCAUAUUGCGCAGUUCUCUUCCCUGCCUCUGUCACCUUCGAACCCCGGUUUCAGUCUCAAGACUGCGACUGCGGGCUCCUCGAGUUCGUCGACCGCCUCGGCUUCGACGUCACCCUCGACUACGGGCAGCUCGUCGCACCAUCUGUUGACGCCGAGCGGGAGGGCGUUGAGUAAAGGCGGGAAGGUGCAGAAUAUCAGUCCGGACCCGUUGAUGCCUUGUGUGAUGUAUUGGCCGGAUAAUGAGCCGUUGCCGGAGGAGGGGCAGUUGAGGCCGAGUACGGCUGUUGGUGUCCCGCAUCCUCCGAUUUUAAACACGGGCAAUAGGGGUCCUAUCGAGCAUCAACCUGGAGACUGGAUCUGCAGGAAGUGCAACUAUUUGAACUGGAGGAGACGGAAAGUCUGCCAAACUUGCUUCCCUUACGCCGAGGGUAACGGCGACUCUGUCUCUGCUGCCGUACAGCAGGACCGCAUCGCGCUUCUCACGUCGCUCAUGACGCAACAGCAACUCCAAGCCCACCAGACCGCGCAGCUCCAGCAUCACCAACAGCAACAGUCUUCGCCCACCUCUCGUUCUCCCUUCUCCACGUCUUCCUCACCCGGUCUUAGACGUCCACAGGACCUGACGGUGAACGUGAUGUCGAUGUCCCCACAGGUCCUGCACACCUCCAUCCCCCGCUCACAGCAGCGUCCCGGUCUCGAGUCGCCGUUCUCGCCCUUGUCGCCGCUGAGACACGAGUCUCCCCGUUCGCGCGCGUACCAGCUCGAGUUGCAGCAGUCCCGUCACGACGAACAGCUCUCGCCUCCCAUAUACCAGACCUCGCAGCCCGCUCAGCCCCAGUCUGCGCACUUCAACAACGCCCAGCAGCAGCAGCAGGUCCAGUCGCAUACUUCGCUUCCCGCGUUGAGGAUGUCGUCGUCGCUCUUCCCCGGUGCCGGCGCGUUCACUCAUCAAGGACAAGGACAAGGUCACAAUCAGGGACCUCUAGGACCGGGCCCGCUCCUCCCGAGCUUCUUGCAAGAUAUCGUUCAGAGCCCGUCGCUCUCUCCGACUUCGACGUCUUCGGCCGAUUUGAGCGUCGACGAGUGUCAUACGAAUCCGGAGUCGAUGUCGAUCUACUCGCAUUCGCCUACGCGUGCUGAUCGCGUGAAUUUCUACGGCGCUGUUGUCGGCCCAGGGAUCGGUAUGGGCGGCGGGAUGGGGACGAGCGGGAUGGGCAGGGGCGAGCAGGAGCGGGAGAGGGAGAGGGAGAGGGGGGACAGUGCGAGUAAUGGGAGUGGGUCUAGCGUGAGCUUGGGGUUGGGGAAUAUCUGGAGGUUGGACGGGGCGGAGAGUAAGAGUUUGGCGACGACGGGGGUGCCGUAUCAUGAGGAUGUGAGGGCGAAGAGGAGGGGGAGUUAUGAGUUUGCUUAGGUCAUCUUUGUUGUGGGCCUGCAUUGGACGUGAUUGAUUUGUUCACGCAUCCUGUCGUUCUUGUCGAUACAUUACUCUCUCAUUUUAUCGCUCUCGACUCUGGAUUCCAUCUCUCGCGGACACCCCAACGUAUACAUUAUACACAUACACACUUGUGUCUCCCUCUGCUUUUCCCUUUCUUUUAUAUCUCUAAGGCCACCCUUCACUAAUACUUGUCUCCUUCUUGUCCUUGCGCUUGGCCACCCUCAUCACCUUUCCUUUUCAACCUCAAAAACCUGGGAUUUUCUAUCAUCGGAUGGAGACGUCGCUUCCUAUAUCUUUUGACUUUAUGCUCCCUCGCAACUUUUGCUUUUAACGUUCCAGCCUGGGCUGCUUCCCUCAUUCUAUUACUCGCGCGCUCAGGGCGUCUUUUUGCUUCCUUGCUUGCUUCCUUUAUUUACUCAUCUCAUCAUCUGCUCUUGGUCACGUCCGCUCAUACUCGUCGCCGUCGUUGUCGAUAGUGCAUCACUUCACUCAACUCCCACUGCCCACUGUCUCGUCGGAUCAUACAUACAUAUACAUAACAUAUAUUCGAACCCCUCAUCUCGAAUCCAAUCCAAUCCAAUCCAAUCCCAUCCACAGGAAGACUUGUGUUCCUUUUUUGUCUGUCUGUUCUCGCUCUCCGUUCACCCCUCUUGUCUCCUCCUCCUCGCUCCUGUACAUUGACAGCUGUACGUAUACUUACUGCUAUGUACAUUCCCCCUUGUCCCAC